ACGCGCAUGCGCAGCUUUGAAUGUAGUGGCGGGCUCAGAAAACGUCAACGGACGUCCCAGCUGGUUCUGAGUCCGGGUUAGACGGAGCCAGGAUUCCAGCAGCAGCAGCAUGGUCGAGGGGCCGGGAUGUACGCUUAACGGAGAGAAAAUCCGCUCCAAGGUCAAAGCGGGACAGAGGGUGAACGACGUCCGGGGUAGCGCGGCCAAACCAGGCAUGAGCAGCCCCGGGUCGAACCCCUUCCACAGACUCCGCGGCGCCCACUUCUCCGCCGUGGAGACCGUCGGUAAAGAGCUCUUCAUGUACUUCGGUCCGAGAGCUGUGAGAGUCCACUUCGGCAUGAACGGCUCGCUCCGUGUAAACCCUGCAGAGACCAAGGCUAAAGCGGGCUCUGCUCCAGUCCUGGAAAUCCACCUCAGCAGCGACGUUGUGUGCUUCUAUGACAGCGCUGUAGAAAUGAGGCUGACGGAGGACUGUGAGCAGAAGGUCAGGGCUAUGGAGAGUCUGGACGUCUGCUCCACCAAGUUCAGCUUCCCCCGCUCCGAGGAGGCGGUGCGGAGCCAGGCGGGAAGGAUGCUCUGCGACGUUCUCCUCGACCAAGCCGUCAUGCCGGGAGUCGGCAACAUCAUUAAAAACGAAGCCCUGUUUGACUCGGGCCUCCACCCAGCCGUGAAGGUGGAGCAGCUGACAGAGCAGCACAUCCACCUCUUGGUCAAGAUGACGCGGGAUUUCACUCUUUUGUUCUAUAAGUGCCGUAAAUCCGGCGCUCCUCUCUUCAAACAUUACCGAGUCUACAAGCGUCCCCAGUGUGGUCAGUGCGCCGGUGUCAUCACAGUCUGUCGUCUUGGAGACAACGGCAGGAUGACUUACUUCUGUGAGCGCUGUCAGAAGGCAGAUCCCAGCGGGGGGGACAUCAGGACGCUUCCACACAGGAACAGUCUGAUGGGCUGGGCCUGUGUGAAGAGGAGCAGCGAGGAUGUGGCCCGGCCGGAGGAGGAGGACUGGGCCUGUCAGCUGUGCACGCUCAUCAACCCGCCGGCAGUGAGUGCCUGUGACGCCUGCCUCACCCCCAGGCCAGAGGCCCACAAAGAGGACAUCAGCACUGAAGCGUCGCCCUUCACUGCAGAUCUAAUCAGAUACCCCUGCACCGCCUUCACCAAACCACCGGGGGAGCUCAAAGUCAACUGGAGGUCUGCGUUCGGAACGACCACGCUCGUUUUCUCUGACAUGAGCCAGAAACCCGAGCCCGUAAACCCUGUGGCCCCUUCAGCCGGCAGUCCUUUGAAUUCCUUGGCGGCGGAGCGAGGUUUAUCUGAAAACAGUGUCUGCCAGAGGACAACAAGCCCCAAUUAUGCCUCUGGUGGCUGGCAGAGGCAAAGUGGCGAGCUCUCCGGCGGGGAAUCGCACGCCUCCAACAGUCACACAUCCAAGAAAAUGAGAAUUGAUCACAGUCCCUUUGGUGGUAACAACGCUCCGGUCGGGGCCCCCCACUCAGGCAAAACGGAGGGGAGGAGUCCUCCAUCCGCCACCUCCUCCUGUCCCGGAGCUCCUUGUUGUGCGUCCCACUGUCGUCCGGCUGUCCUCAGAGUGGUCCACAAAGAGGGGGCGAACAAAGGACGGCGGUUCUACGCCUGCUCGCUACCCAGAGAGAGCAAGUGUGACUUUUUCCAGUGGGCAGACCUGCACUUCCCUUCCUGUCACCACGGGAAACGCUGUCUAAUGAGGACGGUUCUGAAGCUGGGACCCAACAACGGCCGCACCUUCUACACCUGCAGCUUUCAAAAGGGGAAGCAGUGCGACUUUUUCCAGUGGGCUGAGACGGGACCGGCGCCCGCCGGCUGCUGAUGUGCUGCCGCCAAACAAACGCCCCUUUAAACUGCGGUGAAGCUUUGAUCCUGCAUCCUCCAGCCUGUUGUCGGUCCUGCAGUGUCGUCGUGUUGGAGUAGGUGUUGUGUGCUCCGUGUUUUAGACCUAAACCCUGCAGGUUUUCAGGGUUUUCUUUUAAAAAACACAGGCUUUCCAGAGAAAAGUGAACCUGAACACAAUAUUGAUUAAAAGUGGAAGAAAAUCCUGUGGUUCCUGCUCUGAUGUUAAACCAUGAAGACUUUGAAAUAAAAUGUUUGUGACCGCUCUGUCUUCUGUUUACCAGAAGCCUGCAUUUAAACGUAAAUCCACAUCCAGUAAACCUGCAGAGAUUCACCUGUUGAGCUCGUGAAACGAUUGUAUAAAAACUUCAGAUCAAAUAAAGAUGAACUUUGA